GCAUUAUACAAUAUGCACAAUAUAACUCAUAAAUGUUAUCUGUGUUUCCUAAAACAGAUGUAUGCCAUAUAGAUUGUUCUUUUGAUGUGAACUUGUGUAACUGGAAACAAUCAACGAGUGAUAACAUGGACUGGAUACACUGGAAUGGCUCAACCCCUUCCGAUUUUACUGGACCAUCAUUUGACCACACAACAGGAUAUGGCUACUAUCUAUACAUUAAUGGACAGGAUUCAGAAGAGGGAGACUUUGCAAGAUUGGAGAGUCCUGCAAAUUGUUUCACUGGAACUCAUUGCUUACAGUUUUGGUAUCACAUGUAUGGAGCAGCAAAAUACAUGAUGCUGAGGGUGUCAGUACUAAGAGAUUAUGGUUUGGAAGAUGUCUUCACUAUAGAAGGAGAUCAUGGGGACAUGUGGUAUUUAGAGAAGAUUUUCCUGCCUGAAAGUGAUAUUAUCCAGAUUUUCAUUGAUGGUGUCAGAGGUGAAGAUUUCCGCAGUGACGUUGCUAUAGAUGAUAUUUCUUUUUACCCAGGAUAUUGUACUGCAACAACUACCACCACCACCACUGUAACUACAAAACCGACAGGUUCUACUGUGUCAUCAACUAAAACCACAUCAUCACCAGGUAAAUAUAUUGCUCAUUUUAAAGAGUUGAGUAUUAUUUAUAAUAAAUCUAUUUAUUUUGUUAUUAUACAUUGUAAGACCUUGAUAAUAAAUUGGAAGUCAUGCAUACUUACAUGACAGUUUGACAUAAAUAAAAGUCAUGCAAAUCUGACUUACACUUAAAAUGUAUAAUUUUA